UCCUGUACUGUAACCGGAACAUGCUGGACAAAAAAGAUUGAGCCAAUGAUAUGACCAAGAGUCACCGUAAACCCUCUUACCUCUUUCGUUCCCCCAGAGGACCGGUGUCAUUUCUUGGCCUUGCUGCCUGAUGUGUACAACCGGUACCUGGUACCAGUACCGGUACCGGUAGUCUACUAGUACCUCCAAAGCGAGUUGUCUCUGCAAAAAGCACAGCCAGAUCUACUACUAGACCUAGUCCAGUACGACUGUACUACCACAGUUGCAUUACAACAACGAUCAGGUCGCAAAGCAAUUUGAACACAGAGCACUCUACCGUACUAGUAGCUAUAGUAGUGUAGCUUGCAGCCAAAGAAUGAAUGACGACGAUGAUACCGACGACGAGAAGUCGCGUGAAUCACCGCAACGAGGGUCGCCCGACACUCGUGGCAAUCUCCUAGAAGAAGAGAAGAUGAGGAUUGCCUACCCAAAAAGCAGAGAACCUCAAGACAAAGGAGCCAACGAGAGGGCGCCAGACGGGCAACUCGCAUCGGGAUCAGAUCUGUUGCAGCAGGAAAAGCUGAAUGUGGCUUAUCCCGCGGGUAGGUCCAGCAAGAAUCAGCCCGGUGGCACCACCUACCCCCGAAAUAGAGAACCUCAAGACGAAGGGGCCAACCAGAUGUCGACCGACGAGAAACUCGCACUGGAAUCAGAUCUGUUGCAGCAGGAGAAGCAGAAUGUCGCAUAUCCCACAGGCAGGUCCAGCAAGAAUCAGCCCGGUGGCACCACCUACCCCCGAAAUAGGGAACCUCAAGACGAAGGGGCCAACGAGAUGUCGACAGACGAGAAACUCGCACUGGAAUCAGAUCUGUUGCAGCAGGAGAAGCAGAAUGUCGCAUAUCCCACAGGCAGGUCCAGCACCACAGGCAGGUCCAGCACGAAACGGCCCGGGGGCACCAACACAUCUACUGAUCAAGAAACAGCGGCUGAUGACAGCAUCAUUCAGAUCUACGAAGUUGCAUGUAUGGAUACCGGUACGUCGACCCAGCAAGGGAUUCUUGAACGUGCCAAGCAAGGUGUAAAGUACCCAGGAAGGAAUCAGAACCCACAAGCAGUCGCUGGGAACCCACAAGCAGUCGCUGAGAACAGAAACUCGGUAACUAAUCCAUUCGCCCCCGUACCCGACUCGGAGCUUCCACAACUCCUUCCUGAUGCUGUCCCUGUUCAGCGACUUCGAGCCUCCCUGCCCGGAGCCCACCAUAGCGGCCACUUUCGGGACCCUGCCGUUCCUCCUGAAACAGAGAGCUCUGGCGAUCCUGAGUUACUAGUAAACAGUACAGACUAUGGUUUGGAGGACGGAGGCAAUGACGAGGAAGCCGCCAACGAGGGCUUGGCGGUGGCAAACUUGGUGGAUGAGCACCCUAAUUUGCAAACAGCCUCGCCGGCAGAGAAUGUUUCGCAUACAAGAGACAAAGGAGACAAGGAUUGGGUUGGACCGGUUGGUUUGCUGGGUGUCGUUCUCUUGGUUGUUGUUGUUAUCGUCCUUGCUACUACUCUGAGCGCCAGGAAAGAAGAGGGGACACCAGAUUUCAUCCAUACCCAAAGCCCCACAUCUGCACCAACUGUCUUCGAUCUGGAAACAUAUUUGCUUUCCUUGAUGCCGGAGGGAACAGUUGAAGCCAUCUUAGACAGACCCGGGUCUCCACAGCAGAUGGCUUUCCAGUGGUUGAAGGAAGAUAUUGACAAAAAUGCCUUCCUUAGCGAGGACCGAAUCGAGCAACGAUUUGCCUUGGUUACCCUGUACUAUUCUACCGGAGGCAAGGAUUGGCUGACCAACACCAAUUGGCUAAACCAUUCUGUCCAUGAAUGUUACUGGGAGAUGAACGACGCUUUUGCCAGGAAAAGAUUGUUUGCUACUCUCCUUCCUACAUAUCUGGAAGAAUUCUUCCCACCAACUGAACCAUCGCCCAAUAAAUGCAAUGUUGCUGGUCUUUAUGUGAAUCUGUGGCUAGAUGCCAACACGCUGGUUGGUCCCAUCCCAGAAGAGCUUUUCUUGAUGACAUCCCUUCAGACUCUGUCAGCUGGUGGUCUUAAUGAGCUUGGCGGCACACUCUCCACCCAGUUUGGUCUGCUCACUGAUUUGCGGGGCAUCUACUUGGGGUUCAGUGAAAUUGGAGGAACUAUACCAACAGAGAUUGGAAUGUUGAAAAAUUUGAAAGCUUUUGACAUCUAUGGAAACAAAGAAAUCAAUGGAAGUAUCCCAUUUGAGUUCUGGCAGCUUAGCACCAUGGAGUAUAUGCAAGCUGGUGUCCUAAAUUUGGAUCCAGCUACAAUUCCAACAAAUCUUGACAAGUUGAUGCCAAACCUCAGGUGGUAUGGUUGCAGUGAAAGCAACCUCAUUGGUACCAUACCAACUGCAUUUGGACAACUGCCAAAUUUGAAAUGGAUUGCACUGAAGGGCAAUUCCAUGUCUGGAGCUCUCCCCACUGAGCUUGGGCUGAUUUCUAGCCUUCAAUCCCUUUCCUUGCCUGGCAACUCUUUUAAUGGUACCAUUCCAUCUGAACUGGGCCUUUUGUCAUACCUGGGCCGUGUUGUACUUGAAGACAACAACCUCACAGGGACAUUACCAGUUGAGCUUGAGAAUUUGCCACUUCAUGACCUUUGGUUGGAGGGCAAUGUCCUGUCAGGAGUUGCCCCCGAAGGAUUGUGCAACCUCACUGGCCCUUGCUACGUUCAUGGUCCGAGCUGCAAAGCGUCAGAGAAGGAUGGCCUCGUGUUUGACUGCAAUGCCACCAUGUGUGGCUGUGAUUGUCCCUGCCCUGAGUGAAUACAAAUUGCGAUAUGGUGUAGUUUUUAAUGUCAUUCAUACUCUGAUCCAUGGUUUCACCUUGCGCAC